ACGUAGUUGUUCCUGAUCUUUGCGCCUGUCCUUUGGAUCUCGCUCUGCAGGACCUUAGGACCACCACGCUCCAGCGCAGCUAUGAAUUUGGAGCGGGUGUCCAAUGAGGAGAAGUUGAACCUGUGCCGGAAAUACUACCUAGGUGGAUUUGCGUUCCUGCCUUUUCUUUGGUUGGUCAACAUUUUCUGGUUCUUCAGAGAGGCCUUCCUCGCCCCGGCCUACACUGAGCAGAGCCAAAUCAAAGGCUAUGUUUGGCGCUCAGCUGUGGGCUUCCUCUUCUGGGUGACUGUCCUCACCACCUGGAUCACCAUCUUCCAGAUCUACCGGCCUCGCUGGGGUGCGCUGGGGGACUACCUGUCCUUCACUAUUCCCCUGGGUACUCCCUAAUGUCUCCUCAAGCUGGUGAUCUGUCCUUUCUCCCAGGGUGGGCUUCUCUGCCCUACGCUCUUUCUCCAACCCUGAAGACUGUUUCCCCCAUCUGCCCCCAAUAAAGGACCCUGACUUUAAAUGCUGAGUUCUCAGCAUCUUCU